UUGACGAGGCUCACCGUGUAAGCUACUGUUGAAAUUCCAAUGCUAACCAACUUUAGCCAGCUUGCUAACAUGUAAUUCAGCGAAUGUGAAGAACUACACAUACAGCACCAUUCUGGACUUAAACGCAUAAAUAACAUUUAUCUCGAAAACGGGCACACUGAAUAGUUCGUCUUCAUGUUUGCUACUGCGCUCGUCUCAGCUACUGCAACCGGGACAUGUCCAGUUAGCCAGAACGCAGCAAUCGGUGGAUAACGAACCUGGCAAGCUAGCCAGUGAGCCCGUUUGGACUGGGUCUGCCGUGAGGGAUUGGAACAGGUUUCAUCGCUCAGAGGACCGUAAAGCCGGAUGCUGUGACUACCAUGAGUCCCGCAGGCUGUCCCCAUGUCAACGGCUUCAAAGUGGACAACUGGAAGCAGAACCUGAGGGUUAUUUAUCAGUGUUUCGUGUGGAGCGGUUCAGCUGAGACCAGAAAACGCAAGGCCAAGUCAUGUAUCUGCCACAUGUGCGGCGCCCACCUCAACAGACUCCACUCCUGCCUCUACUGCGUCUACUUCGCCUGCUUUGCCAAAAAACAUAUCCAUGAACAUGCCAAGAGCAAAAGGCAUAACCUAGCUAUUGACCUGCUGUAUGGGGGAAUUUACUGCUUUAUGUGCCAAGACUACAUUUAUGACAAAGAGAUGGAACAGAUUGCCAAAGAGGAACAAAGGAAAGCCUGGAAGAUGCAAGGCAUAGGGGAAAAGUACUCAACGUGGGAGCCCACGAAGAGGGAGUUGGAGCUGCUUCGCCACAACCCCAAGAGGAGGAGAAUUACCUCCAACUGUACAAUUGGGUUGCGUGGCCUGAUAAACCUGGGCAACACAUGCUUUAUGAACUGCAUCGUCCAGGCACUGACGCACACUCCACUGCUGAGAGACUUCUUCCUGUCCGACCGACACAAAUGCGAGAUGCAGAGCAACUCCUGCUUGGUAUGUGAGAUGUCGCAGCUGUUUCAGGAGUUCUACUCAGGCCACCGCUCGCCUCACAUCCCAUUCCGCCUCCUCCACCUGGUGUGGACGCAUGCACGUCACCUGGCCGGCUAUGAGCAGCAGGACGCCCACGAGUUCCUCAUCGCAGCGCUGGACGUCCUGCACAGACACUGCAAAGAUGACAACGGGAAGAAAGCCAACAACCCGAACCACUGUAACUGCAUCAUCGACCAAAUCUUCACAGGGGGUCUGCAGUCUGACGUCACCUGUCAAGUCUGCCAUGGUGUUUCCACAACCAUCGACCCAUUCUGGGACAUCAGCCUGGACCUUCCAGGCUCCUCCACACCAUUCUGGCCCCUCAGCCCUGGAGGAGACGGAUCAGCACUUAAUGGAGAAAGUCACACCACUGGAGCCACAACGCUCACAGACUGUCUGCGCAGGUUCACCAGACCAGAGCACCUCGGCAGCAGCGCCAAGAUCAAGUGCAGUGGUUGCCAUAGUUACCAGGAGUCCACCAAGCAGCUGACCAUGAAGAAGCUGCCCAUCGUGGCCUGCUUUCACCUCAAAAGGUUUGAGCAUUCGGCCAAACUACGGCGGAAGAUCACUACCUAUGUCUCCUUUCCACUGGAGCUGGACAUGACUCCUUUCAUGGCCUCUAGUAAAGAGAGCCGGAUGAACGGGCAGUACCAGCAGGCUGUGGACCCCUUCAACAAUGACAACAAGUAUAGUUUGUUUGCAGUGGUGAACCACCAGGGGACACUAGAGAGCGGCCAUUACACCACGUUCAUCCGGCAGCACAAGGACCAGUGGUUCAAAUGUGACGACGCCAUCAUCACCAAGGCCAGCAUCAAGGAUGUACUGGAUAGUGAAGGGUACCUGUUGUUUUACCACAAACAGUUCCUGGAGUAUGAAUAGCUCCCUCCAGCAGUGCAGCCUGCAGGAGGAGCUGAGGGAGGAUGCAAGGAUUAGUUGCAUGGGAAAAGGUAACGGAGUGAUGAGAGAGGCAAGGAAACAGAAACACAAGCCUACCUUAAUCACUCAGAGUCGCAACUCUCACUCUAACAUGGACCCACCCCGUACUACAUGCUAAUCUAGUUCCUCUGUAAGGAGUGUCUGCUGUGCAGGGUAAAGCAAAAUGCAAGAACCCACGUAAAAUGCAAGAUAUUUGGAAGGGAAAUCUCUAAAGUAACAAUGCAAAAGUUUUCACUUGAAUUCAGGGGAUGAAGAAGAAAGCAGCUGGGAUAGUCUGCUUGCAGAAUCACUCUGUACUUGCUUUCAGAUAACAGAGGAAUAGUCUCUACAUUUUUCCUUAAUCAGACACAAGCGUAGUUUAUCUGGGGAAGUUUUACUCGAUCACAAAUGCUGGUCCUCACCAACGUCUUGCUCCAUGCUUGCACAGCUGCAAAUAUUAACAUCCAGGUGCGCUAAAAAGCCAAGCAGCAGCCUUCCACUGGGGUACAAGGCUCUGCUUUAGAAAAGAAAAGUGAGUGUUUCACUUUACCUGCGAGGAUUCAAACGGACAACUUUCUGGACACAAGCACACUUGUCUACCACACCCGCACUCCUCCAAAAGACCAAAUAUCACAAGGAUGGAAGUUGUCUUAUUAUGCAUUUUUGUUCAGAGCGCAACUAUCGGGAGGGAAGUGGGGGAGAAAAAAAAAAUCACCAGACAAAUAGUGUUCUGAAGUUUAUUCCAUUUAUUACUCGUGAGUUUGUAGUUAUCACCCAGAUACUUUUAGAAGUAUGCUUCCAACAGUCAAAGGAGGGGUAUAGAUUACACGGUGAAUAUUAUAUUUUUAUACAUACUGCAAUUAAAAGAUUUGUUUACGGUUUUGCAUUCUCCCUAAACUCACACGUUGUUCGUCUGUGUUACAUUGUGCCGUCAAUCAUGUUUUUUUGUAAACAAAAUUCAAAAUAAUGCUGAUGAUUUUCCAAAAAAAUGCUGCUAUGGCUGCUUUUAUUUUCUUCUAAUUUUUUUUUCAUUUUUUUUUUGAAUUUGGCUUUUUUUUCUGAGACAUAUUCUCCACGUUUAAGAUACGUUGUCGUGAUGCUGUUUCAGGUAAAUGGCAAAAAAGAAAUGAAGUCAAAAAGGAGACUAGAGUUGGUCAGAAGCUCAAUCCUGCAGUGUUAACUGUCGGCCGCAUGUCGCUCUAAUUCGAUGUGUUCGUGUGUGUGUGUGUGUGUGUGUGUGUGUGUGUGUGUGUGUGUGUGUGUGUGUGUGUGUGUGUGUGUGUGUGUGUGUGUGUGUGUGUGUGUGUGUGUGUGUGUGUGUGUGUGUGUGUGUGUGUGUGUGUGUGUGUGCGCGCGUGCGUGCACGUGUAUGUGCCCGAGAAAGGGGAGGGGGGAAAAAAACAACUCAGCGUAGGUGUGUUUGUAUAAAAUGUGUUAUUUGCGUGUAAAGAGACAAAAAAAAACAAAAACAAAGUGCGUAUGUGUUCCUGUUUGUAUGCACGUGUGUCGUGCGCGUGCAUAUGUACCAUUUGUUCGUGUACUGAAUCAGUACUUGCAUUCAGCAUGCCGUCUGAGCUGGGUAUCACAGUUUGAUAGGAUUUUUUUCCACAUGUUGAUGAUGUAUGUAUAAGUAUAUAUGUACAGUUUGUAUGUAAGAGACAAAUGGUGAAACCUCAAAGUUGAUUUGUUCUUCGAUAUUGCUGGAUCCAGCCACGGGGGUCGUAAUCAGAUGAAACUUGUCUUGAGCCAGUCAGUCAUUCCUCGCACACACACAUGUAACUGCUGCAAGAACUGGACACAGUGAUGGAAAGACAGUCAAAUAAAGAAAAAUCUAUAUCUGUAAA